AUGUCUGGGGUACAACGUCACCCGAACACCGUCGUGCUUCCCGCGCCGAUCCAGGUUUCGCCGCUGAUCCGCGCUGCUCGAUGGGGUGCCCUGGGACUUGGCAUUCUUUGGGGAGCCUACCGCCUAUCGGUGAUCCGAGAGCAUCACGCCGAUCUCCGUGAGUGGGAGCACGAUAAGGCCGUCGUCAAGGCGCAGGAAGCGGCUAAGGAGAAGAAGUGGCUGGCCAAGGAUGAGAUGCGCUACCUUAUGAAGACGAUCGGCAUUCCGUUCGAGGAGGGAGUUGCUCAGUUCGGUGUCCAGGACCUCUACAGGGACGAA